AUGGCAAAAGGAAGCUGUGUUUGCGGCCAGUGGACCUACGAGUAUGAAGGCGAGCCGGCUGGAGUAGCGGUAUGCCAUUGCAUUCCAUGCCGGAAGACGGCUGGGUCGAAUGGGAGUUUCAAUAUUCUGAUUCCGAACGACAAGUUCCACAAGCUUUCCGGCGACGACUUCAAAUUCGAACGGAUCGGCGACUCGGGCAAAGCGGUCAAGUAUCGCAACUGCGGCAACUGCGCUUGCGUUAUGACGGCGAACGCGGAUGCGAUGCCGGGCGUGACGAUUUUGAAGGGCGGGACUGUGGAUGACUUUGAAGAGGAUAGGAAGCAUCAGCCCGUCCUCGAGGUUUAUACGAAGAAUCGUCCGGAGUGGUGUCAUGGGUUCGGGGGUGCGCAGCAGAAGGAGACGACUUGA